AAAAAAGAUGUACAAUGAAUAAGUUGUAUAAAAAUUACUUUUUUCUUAUUCACUUUAAAAAUUUUUCUAUCAUUUGCAUUUGCGCAUCCUCCUAUCCUAUCAGUAUUAUGGCGUCCUUUACUGUGGUCGGUUGUUCCUUCUAAUCUCUGCAAAUUAAAUGGAAGAAAAACUUGCUGUUAAAGAUUCUAGUUUAAUUCUUUGAUUGCCAUCAGAAAAUUAAAUAUCGGUAAAAUGGAUUCUGCUGAUAAAGAUUUAAAAAAAUCAUUUGACAUAGAGCAGAUGGCUUUAAUCGGCAAGAUGCAUAAUAUGCAGUGGCUAAAAAGUAAUUCUCAAUUAUCAGGCCAUAUGAAAACACCUCCAGAUGGGAAAGAAACAGAAAAUAAUACACCUAAAAGUGAAAUAAAUGAAGGAACAAAAGAAGAAACUGAAGUUGUUUCAACUAACACUCAUUCAAACAAUCCUGAAUUAGAUAAGAUUGAUCUUAUUUUAAAUAAAGAUAUAAAUGAAAACGAUAAUACUAUAAAUAAAGAUAUACAUCAAUCAUCUUCUGAAAUUUUUGAUUGUUCUCAAAAAGAUAUGGAAACUGUUUGGAAUAAAGAUGUUAAUAUAACUAGUACAUUGUUUCCAAAUUCUCAGUCUUUAGUAAUGGAAAGGCUAGAUAAACAAGAGAUGAUUAGUAUGUCUUUGACAGAGAAUAUUGUUACAGUUCAAUUAGAACAAUUUAGACUUAACGAAGGGGAAAAAAAUAAAUCUGGGGAAUUGCAUAAUGAAAUAGAUAAUGAAUGGAAUAAUGGUCAGCAUAAUAUAUCUAACUUACCAAAGUCAGACAGUAAUGUAGAUAAUCAAGUUAGCUCAAAGCAGUGUCAUGAUAACAAUAAUAAUAAUGAAAGAUCUAAAAGCCAAUCGCCAUUGGAAACAAAAACAAGUAUACAAAAAACAACAAAGACUAGUGUUAAAAAAUUGAAUGAUCAAAAAAUUAAAAAACAGACAGGUACUUUAAAAGAAUCUUGGACUUCUUCAAAACAGGGUUCUAAAUCUAAAGAUGAUUUGUUGAAUAUAUGUAAUGAUCAUAAUAUUACUUCAACUUCUCUGGAUUCAAAAAAAGUAGCUCUAGGUACAACUCCUAAACUUAUUGAUAAAUAUAGUAAAAUUAACAGUUAUAAUAAAAAUUUAAUUAUGAGUAAAGGGGCUCGAAUGAAAGAACAACAGUUUUUUAAACAAAAUUUUUCUACAUUUAAUGAUAAUGUUAAUAGAAGCAAAUCCUCCAUAGAAGGAUUAGAUGAAAAAAAUAAAUCUGUUACAACAAAAUUAAAAUCAAGUAGAAAUGAACCAGACAAGAAAACUAAUGAAGCAGAUGAUACAAGAAGAUGUCAUAAAGUUCAAGUAACACGUACUCAAUCAUACAAUGUCCAAUAUAAUAGAAAUAAAUCUUUAAUAAAGUCACAGCAACGAUAUUCAAAAAAUACAACUAAGCCAGAAGAAAAUGGAUGUAUUGAUAAUUCAUCUAAUGUUAACAAUAUCAAUAUAUCUAAUUCAGUUGAAAAUAUAUCAAGAAAGAAAUAUGAAAAUCAACAAUCUUUAUUAAAUAAGCAAAUUAGUAAUACUCAAUUCAAUCAAAAUACUUCAGGAAAAAAUGUAAAGAAUCCAAGUGUUAUGGAAUGCAAUAUAAAUGAAAGAAGUUCAGUAAAGUCAAGUUCUGCAUCAAGCAAACGAAAUUAUCAAAAUUUUUCUAAUACAAAGAAUAAUACCGAAAGAAAUAGUAAAGAUGACCAAGGAUAUACACAGAAAUUUAAGAAAGAUACUAAUGUUUAUAGACGAUCUUCAGGUAUUCUUCAGUCAUGCUUUAAAGAUUUAAAUGGAAAAGCAAAAACAGAUGAUCAUAAAAAGAGUAUUGAUAAUAAUAAUUUAACAAAAGAUUAUAGAAUAAAUCGUAUUGGUUCAGGAGAGAAAAUGCAUUCUCAAUUUGAAAGCUCAAAAAUAUCUGUAUACUCACAUAAUACAAGUAAUGGUGCUAGUAAUAUAAAGACUGAUGCAUUAGAUUCAACUGCUGUAAAUAAUGUACAGUCUAUAAAAUCAUUAAAUUCUUUUUCGAAUAGUACCAAAGAUUGUACAACUAUACAUACAUCUAUUCAUACACCGCAAGAAUUACAGAUUUCGCAAGCUUCUUGUAAUGAAACUGAAGUACAAUUUGUGAAGACUGAACAAAAACAUACUAGUAAUAAUAAUAGCAAUAAUAAAACAAAUAAUUCUGAAACGAAAUCAGUUAAAUUUUUGGAUAACAUUCAGGAAUUUAAUAUGGCACAUCAUUCUGCAAUAUCAUAUUCUGAUAAUUCCAUACAUCAAAAUAAGCUUUCAGCAAAUUCAUUUUAUUCUGAUUUACAAACUGCAUCACAUACAAAUAAUGCUCAACAAAUUGAAAAUCACCAAAAUAUACAAAAUAAGAGUUAUUUCGAUAAUAAUAAUGCUCAAUAUAAUAAUUCUAGCCCCAAUACUCAAAAUUCUGAACGAGAUUUACAUCUGAUGGAUUUAGUGCAUCAAAAAUCAGAUCAAACUUCCCAUGUGUCACCACAAAAUAUAUUACCGCACAAUAAUUCCAAUCCAGCUAUUGCUAUGGCAAAUGGUAUACCUUAUCAAAACAUGCCUAGUGUCUAUAUAAAUCAAUACAAUAAUACACAAACUAUACCAAGGAAAACAGCUGAUAGUACAAUUAUCUCUCAAAACGCAUUAAUUCCAAGCACUUCUUCUUACACGGUAGAAAACCAGAAUAUCUUGCAAACUGAUCCUUCUAAUAUUUUGAUGCAUAAUACUCAAACAUCAGUUCUACCACCACCAGGUUUUCAUAAUCAUCCUAUAACUACACAACAUAAUCAAUGGAAUUUGCCGCUUCCGGAUAUGUUUCUUUUUGGAAAUAUGAUGAAUCCUGGACAUUCUGUGAAUAUUCCUAUUCAAAAUUCCAGACAUAUGUGUAACGCGGAUUUCAGUAAUAUGCAACAAACAAGUUACUUACAGCAUCCGUUAUUUUACGUUCCACCAAUGUGCAUGCAAAGUUGGAAUCCAUUAUUGCAAUAUCCGGCACCUUUAUUCCAAAAUCCUCCGUACAGUAAUUGCAAUACAUUUCCCAAUCAAGUAUUAUCAGCAAAUAGCUUGACGGACUCUGUUAAUUGUCCCGUAUCGACGUCUAUGCAAAACAACUUGUACAAACAUUUUCAACAGAUGCAACCUUUGGAAAAUACUCCAAAUUUUUCUGUUCCUGUAAAACUUGAUAAUUAUAUGGGAAAUAUGCAAAAUUGUAAAACGAAUAACAUCAGGAUGAAAGAUAAUACUAUGGACGUUCAUAUGAGAACUAGUCAAUAUCGAACAUCUGUGCCAAAUGAAUAUCAAAAUUGUUCUCAAGAUAAUCAAUUAAUGGUACCGUUUUCGUAUGCGAUCACAAUGGAUCCUGUUACGAGGAAUGGUUCAUCAAAUAUGCAUAUGCAAAUGAAUCAGAAAUAUGCACCACGUCCUCUUGCUACUGGUUAUCAAAGAAUUCCAGAAACUUGUCCUGUAUUUAAUAAUCAGGAUAAUAGGAAAGAUGACGUAUCGAAAAACGAUUCAGAAUGUGUACCACCUAUGGUAUCACCAAGAGAAUGUAUGUACUAUGGAGUUAAUUACCCACGGAAGAGUGAUACUAUUCAAAAUUCAUCCAUACGAUCGGAUAUAAAACCUGUAACUUACAACAUGCAUACUGUUAAUACCCAACAUUAUGUCCCUCAUUUUCAAAAGAAUACAACUUAUCACGUGUCACCAAAAGAACUUUCAUCCAGGAUAAAUAUCGGACGUGGUAUGCGCAAAACGAUGGAUCAGUAAGCUUAGAAAAAUGGCAAAAAAUGCAUAUAUAUUUAUUUCUUUUUUUUCAAUAGAUAAUUGCAAUUAAACGGUACAAAAAAUGGUUGCACAUUUACCUUACAAUUUUUCAUCUUGUUUGUAUCAUCGUUAUCUUCAUAUAUGUAUAUGUAUAUCGUAAAAGUCAGUUUUUUAAUUAAUCUAGAUAUAAUAUCACAUACGUCAUAUUAGAUGUCACGCACUACUAGAAAAUAGUUUUCAAGUUGAGAAGCUUUAAAAGAAGUUUAUAUGAUACUGCCAUUUGUCAGAAAUAUUAUGCGACAGUUCGUCUUGUUUCCUAUCGUAACAGUGUGAAAGUAGCAAAUCUAUUUUCUAGAUUUUCUUCAAAUAUUUAUAUUCAUCAUUAUUACUAGACAUUGAUGUUACUCGUUAUACUUGGAUUCUAUGUACUUUUAAAAAAAUAAUUAAGCGUUUUUUAUUAGGCGCUUCAUAUCGUGUAAUUAAUACGAAAAGAUGAUACACGGUAUGUAAUUAGAAAUGCAAAUUUGCAAAAUACUUUUUAUGUUCCUACUAUCGAAAGUAUUAUGACUGUUUAGUAUUUAGUUCACAUUAUAAACAAUUUUAUUUCUUUAUUUUUCUAUUAAAUUAAAUUCCGUGAUACGUAUACAAUAAUAGUUAUAAUGAUGAUUUAGACUUUAAUUGAUUACAAUGUUAAAUAAUUUAAUUUCCACGACCUAAUAUCGAUACAUAGUUUUUUUACUUCGUCGUUUUUUUCUGUGUCAUUUGGAGGCAAAGAGUUUUAUAUAAUAUAUAUAUUUUUGUUUAAAUAUUACUUAUAUUGUUAAGAAAUAUCAUAUAGUUUAUUUUUCGAGGACUUACAAGUUUUUACAAAAUAAAACGUAAACUUGCCAUAUUUGGUAGAUGUUAUAUAUAUAUAUAUAUAUAUAAAAAUAUAUAUUAUAAUCCUUCGACAUAUUCUGAUAUGCAUUUAUAACCACAGUAUUAUUCUUUCAUCUGUAUUAUGAAAUGCACGUGUCAAUAGAAUCUCUUUGAAACAGAUAAAAAAAAAAAAAGUAAUUUCUGAUAAACAAUAUCAUUGCUGGUCGAUUCAUAUAUCUUUAUAAAAAGUUUAAAAAA